AUGUAUAAAUUAUUUAUCUGGCUAGUUUUAUCGCUAUCUGGUGUUCUUGCGAAGAAUGAGGAUUAUAUUGGACAUGGUCUGUACGAAGUGAAGGCCUUCAGUGAAGAGCAGACGCAAUAUUUAGAUGCCCUGGUGGAACGGCUAAAUCUAGACGUGUGGCGGAAUGCAAUUCCAGGACACGAGACAGGUCUCAUCUUGGUACCUAGAGAUAUAAAGUCUAUAUUCCAAACGGAAUUAUUCGCUGCCAAAAUUGAAUAUGAAGUGAAAUCGGCGAACAUUAAAGAACAAUUGGAUUUAGAGGACGAGCUUAUGUCAGCAGUAGCAUCCAGAAGAAACAGAUCUAGCGCCGCGUUUCCGUUUGAUGUGAUUCACCGAUACGAUGUUAUCAACAAUUACAUGCGAGAUAUUGCUUACCGAAACCCACGAAUUGUGACUAUGCAUUCAGCUGGAAGAAGCAUUCAAGGGCGUGAUAUCAAUUAUUUAAGAAUAUCAAGCGAUAAUUUCCAAUCCAGAACGAAACCAGUGAUUGUCCUUCAAUCCCUUUUACAUGCGAGGGAGUGGGUUUCGUUACCAGCUUCCCUCUAUGCUAUUGAAAGUCUCAUCGGCAGAGAUGCAAGCCUUGUGAGAAACAUUGACUGGAUUAUCAUGCCCAUAGCUAAUCCAGAUGGCUAUGAAUUCACUCACACUGGCUCACGUCUAUGGCGCAAGAAUCGCAGAGUGAACUCGCUAUCCAGCUGCCUCGGUGUAGAUUUGAAUAGAAACUUCGACAGCAACUGGGGAACCGCGUCCAGCGCCUUCGCCUGUUCCGACACGUUCCACGGCACCGGCCCAUUUUCCGAACCCGAAACGCAAGCUAUCAGAAACGUCCUGAAUCAAGUCAGGAACAGGCUCGAACUUUUCAUAGACAUCCACAGUUUUGGCAGCAUGAUCCUCUACGCUUACGGAAAUAGACAAUUGCCUCCUAACGCUCUUAUCUUAAACAUGGUCGGAGUGCGAAUGGCGCAGAGCAUAGAUGCUGUUAAGUGGAGCCAGCAUCCUAAUUAUAGAGUGGGAAAUAUAGUGGAUAUUAUAAGAUACACAGCCUCAGGAGGCGCCAGCGAUUGGGUGCAGAGUUUUGGAAACAUUCUGUCCUACACGUAUGAGCUGCCAGCAUACAGAAACAGACAGGAUGUCAAUGGUUUUCUGGUUGAACCAGAAUUUAUAAGACACGCUGGGUUCGAAACUUGGGAGGGUAUAAAGGCUGGUGCGGCAUAUGUUUUAGAAAGAACUAGAAUGAAGAACUAA